AAGAUGGCGGAGGGGGUGCUGAGCGCCGGGGUGAACCUGGAGGCCUUCUCGCAGGCCAUCGCCGCCAUCCAGGCGCUGCGCUCCAGCGUCACGCGCGUCUUCGACUGCCUCAAGGAUGGCAUGCGGAACAAGGAGACGCUGGAGGGCCGCGAGAAGGGCUUCGUGGCCGCCUUCCAGGAGAGCCUGCACUCCGUGAGCCGCGACCUGGGUGAACUGGAGCGUCUGAGCAAUCUAGUUGGUAAACCGUCUGAGAACCAUCCCCUCCACAACAGUGGACUGUUGAGCCUAGAUCCUGUUCAAGACAAAACACCUCUUUACAGUCAGCUUCUUCAAGCCUACAAAUGGUCAAAUAAGUUGCAGUACCAUGCGGGGCUCGCGUCUGGCCUUUUGAAUCAGCAAUCUUUGAAACGUUCUGCCAACCAGAUGGGAGUAUCUGCAAAACGCAGACCAAAAGCUCAGCCUACAACUCUGGUCCUGCCUCCUCAGUAAGUAAUGGAAUAUUUUGUAGAGUUGGCAUCAUAGG